AUGAUUUACACGCUGAAGCUUGAAGGGUGGACGCUGACUUUUGUGCAAGCAUGUGCCCUUAAUCUGGAAUCGCACGAGAAAUUCUCCGAAGAUCUCUACGCGGCCCUAAAAACUGUAGAAAAGAGCGAUUUAGGCACCCAAGGCAGCAAUAUUCGAGUUUAUAAGCGAUCAACGGAAUGUCGAGGGCUCAUCAAGGCGUCUAGUGAGAUGGUUGUUGACAUUAUGUGGCUGUUCAGCCGCCACCCGCUUUUGUUGGGAGUUUUCGAUGAUGCGGCUAAUCUGUUCAUUUACGAAGUGACGGAUAACGGAAAGGACCUGAUCACGCAGAUAUGGCUAACUGUGCGUCGCAGCACUCUACCUGUAGAAAAACAUGACUACUAUCGAUUGAUGUGUUGCCCGUACGUGUCGGAUAAAGGCAAGUCAAAUAUCGAAGAAUACCUCAGCGGUCUGGUAGCGGUAUCACAUGGCAACGACGUCGAUGUGAUUUUCACUCACGAAUUGAAAAGGCAGUUUGGUGCUUCGGUCGAAUUCAGUGAACUCAACCGUGGCUGCUGCGUUAUUCAUGAAGACUCACCAGUGACGUAUGUCACCCUGUCGCCGGACUCGACGGCCCUUGCCGUUGCCACCGAAAGCGGAGAGGUUAAGUUUUACAUACUGGAAAACAUUCAAGAAAUCGUAUGCGUCCAGAAUUGGACACCUCACGAAGGAAAGUUUGUGACGUGCAUUAUGUUUCUCGAUGCUCCCGUUGAUGCUCCUCCAAACAUUCAGUUUUGGAAGUUCGCUUUGACUGCUGGCGACAAAAACAGAGAGUUGAAGUUAUGGAGCUGCGAAACGUGGCAGUGCUUGGGUACUUUAAGGUAA